GAGAUUUUCAUAGACCGGGUAGGUAAUAAGAAGGGUUUUGGUGGAUUGAUAAUGCUUCUUGGUUUUGUAAUGCUUUGUACAAACCUUCAUUCCAUCGUGGUGUUUAUACCGGGAAGAAUCCGGCGUUCACUUAUAAAACUUUCAUUGAUCCGAAUUCAAACCAUGUUGGCCUUCAGUUCGCUGUAACUGGCAUGAUAUAACAGUGCAUUAUUGACUUCUGAUCAACUGUUAAUUCAAACGAGAGUUAGGUUUACAUUACCGAUAAUACAGCCUUGUCUUUUCCUCACUGUUUGAAUGGUUUGUCGGGAAGUCCGUCAAUAAAUUUUUCAGCGCGAGAACGAAUGUUGUGAAUCAGAAUGUAUGUUCUUUCCUUAUGGCAUAUGUGGUAAAACACAUUGGUGCAAAAGCCUUGAACCUUUAAAACAGCGAGAAAUUUUUUCCCUUUGUAAUAAAAUAUCUCUUAAAAUAUUCCUAAGGUUGAUUUGCACUUUAUUUCAAGUAAUCUUGUGCAUGUUCGUUCCCGUUGCAGGUUUUGAGAAAAGUUCACGAAACCAUAAAAGUUCUAAUAUUCUAACAAUAUGCAAACCAUUAAAUGUGUAGUGGUUGGAGACGGAGCUGUAGGAAAAACCUGUUUACUCAUAUCUUACACAACAAAUAAAUUUCCAAGUGAAUAUGUUCCGACGGUAAGUGGUAUAUAUUCUGUAACCAUUAAAAUGUCUUAAACAUCUUAAGCUCAUCCAUUUAUCUCGAUUGAUACCCAAGAUGUGCCGGAUCAGUACGAUAGAUGUUACUUUUGAACAUUGUAUUUUGGUUUACUCAAGGAUAUUUUGAUCAUAGAUGCAUGGCAGCCGGUUUUUUAUUCUGAUUAAUCAUUGAGUAUUUUUGAGACGAAUACCCUAAUAGUUUCAGGCCGUUUGCUACGCUGAGAAUCAAAAUUUUGAUCGCAUUUCAUGGUAAAAUUGCACUAUGAAUGUAAAACAUUUUUAGUUUCAGUGUCUUGGUCAUCAAACUACUUAUUAAUAUUCUCGUCACAUCUUAAACUUGUUUUUGAGUGUAUAUCUUGUUUCAGCAGUUCCAUUAGUGCACCUGUUUCCAAAGGGACGAUUGUGUUGCUUGUUCAAUUUGGUUGCUAAAACAUUGUCUUUUGUAAAGGAAUCAUUCCACAGUGUUUGUUUGUUUGCAUUAGUCAAUAUUUUAACAGUGCAAGAGUUGUACGUCAUAAAUCUUCAGGGAUGUGUUUCUACAUACCAUACAGCUUAUCUCUGUCUCUUAGAAAGACAUUUGUAUAGGCAACAUGUGAUGUGCCUUUUAAAGAGAUGUCAAAUCCUGACAUAAAAUUUUUUAUGGUUAUUCUUGGUUCUCUUACAAGCAUAGACCCACACGUAAAUCCCAUUUUGUUUGUUGAAGACAUAACAGUCAAGCCUGAUUUCCUUAUAACUGCUAUGAUACAAUCACUGAAACAUAUUUCUGCCAGCAUAACAUUAGCAGUUUACAUGAGAAAAAGUAACUGUCAAACAUGUAUGGUAAUAUUAGAUGACAACUGCCAUAGACUUUUAAGUUAUAUUUUGUGGCCGGUUUCCACAUAAUGGAUCAGACUGGACUUUCAGAAGGCAUAGAUAUCCUGGUGGAAUCCAGGCUUGAGUAAAGCAGAACAAAAUAAAACAAAUAAAGAAGCAAACAAAAUGGCAUACAUCUGCAAAUAACACUUAAUGUUCAGGUGUAUUGUAUACAUCUGCAUAUAACACUUAAUGUUCAGGUGUAUUGUUAAAAAUAGCAAUAGUGAUAGUGGUUUUUAAUGCACUAGAUAAGAAAGUAAGCUGAACAUUUGAAUACUGUUGAACCUUUGUACGGUCAAAACCCCACUUUACAGGCACCUGCUUAAUACGGACACCACAAUAUUAAGGACAGUUUGCUUCAACCCUGGGAUAAGAAGGCCCCUACGUUUUCUCUAAAUUCAACCCAAUCUUCAAACAUGCACACAUUCCAUGGCCUCGAUUAGUGUCCAUUUUAAUGGGAUUUGACUGUGUGACAGUCAUGACGUUUGAUCCUUUUGGUAUCAUUCUUCACGUAAACGCAUACUUCUGCGCAUGAACAAACUCUGUUUACAUCUGUUUAGAAAAAUGACUGAAAUAUAGCAUUCACACAACCAGCUAACUAAAGUAUACCAUAAGUCACUGGUUCUUACAUUUUUAUUGAGAUUUCUUGAUUAUUUUCUGUUUAUGACAUUAGUAAAACUUUAUAGUUGCCUCUUCUUUCGCGAAAAAAGUAACUGACUUCUAUAAGCAAAGUAGCCUACCCAUUUCAUCGGCUGUUGGUGCUUAUGGAAGAUUAAGUCUGUGUUUGUCUUUCAGGUGUUUGAUAAUUAUGCCGUAACUGUUAUGAUUGGUGGCGAGCCAUACACACUAGGGUUGUUUGAUACUGCAGGUAACUAUGGCUUCCUUUACCGUCGAUUUUAUCACUUCACAAUUGUCACUUAAAGGUGGCAAUAUUGAUAUGUAUAAUAUACAACUAUCCACUGAAGGGGAGGUGUUUAGUGGUGGAAAUAUACAGAGACGUGAAGUGUCGAGGUAUAUAUCUAGAGCUGUUCACCAACCCUGAGGGGUGUAGUUAUUUUAGUAUUUACCUAAUCUGUUGGAUAAAAAUGAUAAAAGUAACUUUUUGUAACUGAAAAAUAUCACUUAGUAGGAACUUUAUUCACAAUUUACAAACAUUUCAGGGAUUUUGUCAAGUGCAUUUUUAAUUUUUUGUUGCAAAUUCAGCGUGACAAUUUUCUAUCUAUAAUGUACCAAUAAACACCGACAAACCAAAGUUCAUCGCUUUCUGUUAGUCUGCUACACAGCCAUUUUUGGUGUCGUCACGCAACGCUCCUGCCCACUAACGGCUGCUGAAAAUCGAACCACAUUCCUUUCCCACGAUUAGCCAAUUAGAAUUCAGCUCCCAUUUUCUGGAAGGUGUUUGCGCCACGUUUGCGGUAUGGUGACUCCUCCAAUCACAGCUUUGCUUUUAUCAUUGCCCCAUGUGUGAAUGACAGAACAAUCAAAAUCGUCGCGUGAAAACAAGCAAUCAACUAGAGUAGUGUUGUCAUAAUCAAGUCCUUUCAAAUUUUUUGAGAUAUGCAGCAACCGCAACCAAGUUGAGCAACUAGUAUGCACAACAUGGAUGUGCUUAUAAAGUUGCCGGGUAUAGUUUCAGGAAAUCGCUUCCCGAUAAUUUAUAAGAUUGCUUUUGUUUGAAACAGUACCCCUGAGAGUUUAAUCUUCACAGUCUUCACAUGUAUAACAACACAAUGAGCACAUCCAGCACAUGAAAUUCAUCAUACAUAUGCACAUUAAAAAGAACCAACCAAUCCUGGUAAGAGUCUUGUAGGCCUACCAAACCUUUUUUUUUUCACUUGGAAUUUUGUUAACCGCUUAAAACAAACUUUUCUGCAAACAACCUUUUCAUUGCUUCCAGACACAGAGCCCAUCAAAAUUCAGCAACUAUUGAUUGAUUUGUCGAGAACUGAGAAGCGUGUUCGCUCCUAGCGCCCUGCGGCUCACGUAUUGUCAAGUUUCUUAUACAUGAUUGGUUUGUUUGUGAGACCACAAACACAAAGGGAAAGGAAUGUGGUUUGAUCUUCAUCAGUCGUUAGUGGGGAGGAGCAUUACAUGACAACACUAAAAACUGCUGUAUAGCAGACUAGGUAUUUGUUUGUACGACCGCUUCAUGUUUUCCUCAAAUUCGGUCUUUCAAAAAUAUCUCAAAACAAGACGCCAUCUUGGCUCCGGUCGCAUAACGGUGAAUAGCCAAGGAUAUUCUGAGUUACAGGAGCCAAUCAAAAUGCGCAAAAAUUGCUAUUCACUGAUUUGGUAAAUACUAAAGUAAAUUCAUUGUUUGUUAACUAUGUUGUACGUAGUAUGAUUGUGGUUGAAAUUGGGCAAAUAACUCAGAGCAGGUUUAAGAAGUCCUCUGGAACUAUUUUUCAUUGUUACCAUUAAUGUGAACUGAAGUAACAUGUGUAUUUGUUUUCUUUUAAAAAUCAUUAUACUAGAGUACAGGUGUAGCCCCAACCUUUGUGGCCCUCACCUGUCAUUUGUUAAUGAGGCCUAUUUUUCCCCCCAAGCAAUGAUGCUUUCCUCUUUGAUAAUGGCAAGCAUUAUUAGUGUAUUUACAUGAUGCCCUUUUUAAGCUGACUGAUAAAUAAGCAUAGGUCACAAUGUCAGUGUUUGGUUGAGCAGUCUUGAGUAUCUUUUUAUUUCUUAAAACCAUCUGUGUCCCUUACGGUUCGCACCACUCUUUUGCAUUAAUUUAUUUUUCCUUAUUAAUUAUCUUCCCUUCAACAGUCUUCAUUAUUUUACAGCUUCUUCAUUGUAAUCUAACAACAUGACCGUUAUCAUGGAGGCACACGACAAAAAAAUUUGCAUGAAGGUGACCUCGUUUGCUCUAUAGAGAUGGCUGUUUCGCAGAGGUCAAACAUGUUAUUGUAGGAAGCAAAUUCUAGGAAUUUGGUCAGUAACCGCUUACUAGAGAGUGACUGCUUAACAGAAGGCUACAAAUUUGAGGUUUGACUGUUAGUAAUUGUUCAUUGUUUUUAUUCAUUAACAGGUCAAGAAGAUUAUGACAGGCUGAGACCCCUUUCCUACCCUCAGACAGAUGUAUUCCUUGUGUGUUUUUCUGUAGUUUCACCAGCUUCAUUUGAAAAUGUUAAAGAAAAGGUAAGGGCCUGAUCUGCCAACCCUAGUCUUUUGAAACUGUCAUUGACUUGUAACAUCUUUAAGGCAACAAUGGUUAAGAUGUAGUGUCAAAAAGUCACAACAUUUACUUCAACAAAUUAAUAUUGUGACUGCUUAGCUGGGCUUCCAUGCCAUUCUAGAAAUCAAUUUAUCUGCCACGAAUCAUGUGUCAGGUAACCUCCAGUGCAGACUCAGGGGGAGAGGGUAGAUUGAGGUAUUUGAAAAGAUGCUUACGGGCUCUUCACUUCUCUCUUCCCGCAAUUUUUCACUUGUUCAUUAUUUCACAGCUCAGUCGCUUUAACAACUUGUCGGCACUGACGGAGAGCCUGACACAGGUUACAUUUUGCAGGGACAGCAGUAGUGGCAUCACCAAAUUUCUGCUGUUUUCUUAGGCUACCACUGCUUUGGCUCUGUGUGUUAUAUGCAGGGUUCCACAUUCCUUGAAAGUCCUUGGAAGUUGUUAAAUUUUAAAAUUUUAAUUCAAGGCCUUGAAAGUCCUUGAAAAUUGCCAGUGGGUCUGGAAAGUCCUUGAAUUUCAAUGCUAACUUUAUAGUUUAAGUAGAACUUCAAAGUGAAAGGAGCAAACACUAAAAGACCUUCAGGAUGAAAUUACUCAUGUUGUGGAAGAGCUAAAAAAGGCAUAGACUCAAGGUUCAUUUUUGCACUGAAUGGAGAAAUGUCCUUGAAAAGUCCUUGAAUUUUUUGUUCAAAACCUUUAAAUAUAUUUGCGUUUGACAGACACUAGUAGCAAGUUUUCUUCCAUUUCAGUGGGUUCCAGAAAUAACCCAUCACUGUCCGAAGACACCGUUUUUACUUGUUGGUACCCAAGUCGACUUGCGUGAUGAUGCUUCAACAAUAGAGAAGCUAGCCAAGAACAAGCAAAAACCCAUCACUGUUGAAUCUGCAGAAAAGCAAGCACGAGAGCUGAGAGCUGUCAAAUAUGUAGAAUGUUCUGCAUUAACACAAAAAGGCCUGAAAAAUGUCUUUGAUGAAGCAAUCUUAGCAGCACUCGAACCUCCAGAGCAACCGAAGAAGAAGAAAUGUACAUUGCUUUGAAUAAUGGACUGGUACAUGUAAAUUGAUGUGGAAAAUGACACUUACAAUCUUGAUUUGGGACAAGAUUCUGUUUGUCCACACACCUAGCUAUACAAUGAAUGCUGUGUAGAACUGGAGUGGAUUAAUACAUAGGUUUUCUAAACAGAAGCUGUGUAGAUGUACCAUUCUCUAAAGAAAGAGUUGUAAAAAAAUGUCUGAAUGUUUAAAGUGAGAGCCAAAGACUAUGAUUUAUUUGUUUUGACUUUUAUGGCACUAGCAGAGGUUCUUGCUUGUCAAAUGAAACUCUCUUUCUUUGAUUCUGCUUUGCUGUUUUAAUAUUAUGAUAUAAAUUAUAUCUAUCGUCACUUGUAGAAGCAUAAUAACCUCUUGAUAAAUUGAAAGCUGUGGCAUUAGGCAUGUAUGGGUAUUUAUCGUGACAAACAAGAGUGUUCCAGAAUCAAGGCAAGACUAGUACAGGUCCAUUAACCUAAUUUUUGUUUUCCCAUGAUGAUAAAUUAAACUGGUACCUCUGUGUAACCCAACUUGCCAGUUACCUGACCAAAUCCUUCAGUUCCUUGAUCCAAGCAAGGUAGCUAAUCAAAAGUGCUGAAUAUUGCUGUGGAAUUUCAUUGUCUUCUAUUAGUAUUGUAUAUUAUUUUGCUAACUUUUCAUGUAGCAAUGGGUAGCUGCAUGAUAUGUGAUUUUGUGUUUUGUUGGCAGUGGAUUUAUAAAAAUAUAAGUUAUUGCGUCAAUCAUUCUAGUAUCAGUCAAUAACCAUUCAUGACCUUCUGUUGACUUGUUGGGAAGGCCUAAGCUGCUAUAAGCUUUUCUUUCUCCUUUAGUGAUUGUCAAAUUCUCCANAAUGUUUAAAGUGAGAGCCAAAGACUAUGAUUUAUUUGUUUUGACUUUUAUGGCACUAGCAGAGGUUCUUGCUUGUCAAAUGAAACUCUCUUUCUCUGAUUCUGCUUUGCUGUUUUAAUAUUAUGAUAUAAAUUAUAUCUAUCGUCACUUGUAGAAGCGUAAUAACCUCUUGAUAAAUUGAAAGCUUUGGCAUUAGGCAUGUAUGGGUAUUUAUCGUGACAAACAAGAGUGUUCCAGAAUCAAGGCAAAACUAGUACAGGUCCAUUAACCUAAUUUUUGUUUUCCCAUGAUGAUAAAUUAAACUGGUACCUCUGUGUAACCCAACUUGCCAGUUACCUGACCAAAUCCUUCAGUUCCUUGAUCCAAGCAAGGUAGCUAAUCAAAAGUGCUGAAUAUUGCUGUGGAAUUUCAUUGUCUUCUAUUAGUAUUGUAUAUUAUUUUGCUAACUUUUCAUGUAGCAAUGGGUAGCUGCAUGAUAUGUGAUUUUGUGUUUUGUUGGCAGUGGAUUUAUAAAAAUAUAAGUUAUUGCGUCAAUCAUUCUAGUAUCAGUCAAUAACCAUUCAUGACCUUCUGUUGACUUGUUGGGAAGGCCUAAGCUGCUAUAAGCUUUUCUUUCUCCUUUAGUGAUUGUCAAAUUCUCCAGUAAUGUACCUGUUAUUAGUAAGUAUGCAGGAAGAGCAGGAUUGUAAGGUUCAAUAGUAUUCCCACUGUACUGGAAAGCUUUCAUGUUGUCUCAUUUGCUUUUUUGUGUUCACACAUGAAAUGCCAUUUUUCAGCAGCUGCAUGGCAGUUUUAAUCAAACUGAAAAACUUUGUACCAUGUUGAAAGUUUUAGGCUUUUGUUUUAUGUUGUUGUUUACAUUGUACCAUAUCAGUUUUUGUGCUGGCACAAAAAUCCUUGUGGUAUAAUGUGAACAGUGCAUGAAUGAUGAAUAUUAUCUAGAAGGAAACAAGAGCAAGAUUUGGUGCAAGUUCACACUUGUGACAGUUAUGAGCACCCACUGAAGAGAUGGAGGUUGAACACUCGUCAUCGCUUAGGUCUUGCAUGCAGUAAUUAUUUUGCUAGAAAAUGUAAAGUAAUAUUAUUGGAUGGCCUUAAAUUCUUGGUGUGUUGAGAUGUUGAAAUUGAUAAUUUUCCUUCAUGUAAAAAGGAUCAGUUAUAAGCUAUUGGCUGCAUCUCGCUGUCCUCUUUUUUUGACCCUUAAGUCCCGAUAUCCAUGUACAAAUUCUCCAAACUGUUCUCAAUACAUUUCCUAAAGAGAGUUUAGAGAAUUUAAUAAAAGACCUAGAGCUGCAAUUCCCCUUUGUUAAUCACUUCGAUAAUUCUCACAACUAUUUCUCUUGAAAAUGUAUUUAAAUUGCUAGGAGAAAAUUGAUGUUGGUCAAAGUUGAGAUUUACAGGGUUAAGCUCUGGCAAUUUAGUGGAAAUCUUGUAGUGCAUCCAUUGCAGUCAAUGGCUUGACUAUUUAUUUUAUUGAAGAUUAUUGUGUUGAAUUCUAAUUUGACCAGUUGUGUGCUUACUAACAAUACUUUUUACAACUAGAUACAUUCAAAAUGGUACAGAAAUAUU